UGUAUAUAAGACAAGCAGGUUGUUUUGCACUCUUCAGUUGCCCCAAAAUGAAGCUUCCACUAAUAUCAAUCUAUCUUUCCUUGGUGUCAGUCGCACUUGGAGUCAAACUGCCCCCUAGCUUUAUGCAAUGCGACGUAAAACAAAGCGACUUCCAACAAUGCUUGACCAAAGCUGUCGAAAGCGCCAUCAAGCAAAUGAAUCGACCCCUCAAAGAAGUGAAUUUGUUAAACUUAGAGCCCUUGGAAAUUCCCGCAAUGACUGUAGCUGCUGGAUCCCAAAUUCUGUACUCCCAGCAAGUUUUCAAAAAUAUGAAAGUGUCCGGUUUUAACGAAACCACUUGUUCUAAAGUGGAGUUUGACUCUGCUACGAAGAUUCUUAAACUAGACUGUACCGUGCCACGCUUUAGACUAGAGUUCGAUUACGAGUUAAACGGGCGGUUAUUCCUAGUAUCUCUUUACGGAAAAGGAAGUGGAUGGGCUGUUUUUGUGGGUAAUCGCAUGACGUUGACGUUCAAACUAGGAGAGUAUGAGAAGAAAGGCAAAAAAUAUUACAACGUGGUCAAACAAGAACUCAAAAUGCGGAUGACAGAUAUUGAAUUUGAUUUGCAGAAUUUGUUCGACGGUGAUGAAGAGGCAGCUGAUCGUGUUAAAAAAAUCAUAAGGGAGAAUGCAUUAGAAAUUUUUGGAGACGUUAAACCUGGUUAUGAGGAAGCUUUCGGGCUAAUAUUUGCUUCUAUUUUUGAUAGAUUUUUGGGAAAAGUGCCUGCUGCUUAUCUGUUCGGAGAAAAGUAAUAAAUUCGAUAGCUUGAUAUAAUGUUGUAACAUACAAUAAAGGGUUUAAUAAGUA